AUGGCCGGCGAUCGCUUUGCUCCCCAUCAACACCACGACUCCCUGGCACACGACCAGUUUGAGAUGGACGACACGAGCAUCUCUCACACCUCCUCAAUUCAAAGACUCGCCAGCAACAAUGACAACGAAGACCCCAUUCCGUCGAAAAAGUCGGGGGUCAAGGGUGUCGCGCGACACACCCUGGGGCUCCUCCUCCUUCUCUGUGUCGUUUUUCUCUGGACAACGUCCAAUUUUUUGGGCAGUAGCAUUUUCGCCGACAAAUCUUAUGCGAAACCUUUCUUCCUGACAUAUCUCAAUACAUCCAUGUUCAUGCUGGCCAUGAUACCUACAUUACUACGUUCGGCAUACCGACAACAUAAACGAGGAACACCGUACAGCACAUUACGAUCGAAUCUAUCGCGGAAUAAAGGAUAUAGACCGCUGGCCGGAACCACCGGUGAAGAGUCAGAGUCGCAGGCCUUCAUACACAAAUCUCCCACCACAGAUCACGAUGCGAACGGGAAUACCAAGAACCUGGGCAUCAUAGCGACCGCCCGUCUCUCCCUUGCCUUUUGUUUCCUAUGGUUUCUCGCAAACUACUUUGCCAUGGCCUGUUUGCAGUAUACCACCGUCGCUUCCACCACUAUCCUUACUUCCACCUCGAGUUUUUGGACACUACUCAUCGGAGCCGUCACUGGCGUGGAGCGUUUCACCUGGCGCAAGUUUUUCGGCGUUAUGGGUUCCUUCAUCGGCAUUAUCCUGAUUUCCAGCGUUGAUUUUUCGACCAGUCCAGAGUCUUCCGAUCCGCCUCCCAGUAGUGACAAUACCCUUAGUCUACUUCGGAGGGCGAUUGACAGUUUUCCAGACAAGACAUCAGGGGAACUGGCCCUCGGUGACGGGCUCGCGCUCUUCUCCGCCGUUAUAUACGGCAUUUACAGCAUCGCUCUGAAGAAGAUGACCAUCAAAGCAUUGCCACGACAAUUGAACAUGCCUCUAUUCUUCGGCCUCGUGGGAACUUUCAACAUCUUCUUACUAAGCCCUCUUUUCCCCAUUCUUCAUUACACCGGCAUCGAACCCUUUCAGCCACCACCCUCGGCGCACAUCUGGAUGGUCCUUCUCGUCAAUAGCGUGAGCAGUUUAUUGAGUGACAUCUGCUGGGCAUAUGCGAUGGUUCUGACAAGUCCACUGGUGGUCACCGUGGGACUGAGUUUGACCAUUCCGCUGAGUCUGGUGGGUGAAAUGGUUCUGCAAGGGCGGUACGAGGGUUGGAUAUACUGGGUUGGCGCCGGGAUUGUGGUGGGCAGUUUCUUGUUUGUGGACCAUGAGGAACGAGAGGACGAAAACCAGGAAGCGAGGCAUCCGUCUUACACCGACAGUUAUGCUGCCACGGACGGACUUCUACCCCAACGCGACGUUACAGAUCGAGCUAGACAUUCCAGCUCACAAGAUUCAAUUAUUGAGGAAGACUCGCUGGUAGCCCGGCACGACGCAACGCCAGUACAGGCCGGACGAUCCUCGACGGCAGAGAGGCCGGGGCACAUUCGCAGAAGAUCUUCCGGUGUCAUGGAGACCCUAUCUGCUCAAGCUGGACUACAAAACAGCGUUCCUUCGGCUCCACGGAGGAGUCAGGAGAACCAUGGAGUUGAACAUGAUCUGUUGGAUAAUACGGAUGAUGACAGAUAG